AUGAGCGUCCUCGCCCAGUUCACCUCCUACCUUAAAGGCCACGAACGUGUGCCCGGUGAAGCGAAGCUGCUCCGCAAGAUCGACACCUUCAUUCUGUCGUUCUGCUGUCUCUGCUACUUCGCCAACUACCUGGACCGGAGCAAUAUCAACAAUGCAUACGUCUCAGGGAUGAAAGAAGAGCUCAACUUUAAGGGCAAUGAACUCAAUCUGAUCAAUACUAUUUUCACGGUCGGCUAUAUCGUCGGCCAGCUGCCCUCUAAUCUGGCACUUACGUACUUGCGACCGCAUUUGUUUUUCCCAGCGAUGAUGCUUCUCUGGGGCGGGUUGACUAUGAUCACGGCUGCAGUGCAGAAUCCGCAGGGCAUUAUGGCUAUUCGAUUCUUUCUCGGCCUGGCCGAGUCCAGUACCUUUGUCGGGACCCAUUAUAUUCUCGGCUCAUGGUACACAGAGAAAGAGCUCGGGAAGCGCAGUGGCAUUUUCACUGCGUCUGGAUUGGCCGGGACUAUGUUUGGUGGCUUUAUCCAGACUGGUAUCCAAUCUUCCAUGGAUGGUGCUCACGGAAUCUCCGGUUGGCGAUGGCUUUUUAUCAUCGACGGAAUCAUAACAAUCCCGAUUGCGAUUUUCGGCUUCCUGCUCUUCCCAGACACACCCUCAACAACCAAAGCACCAUACCUCACCUCCGAAGAGCGCGCCAUGGCUAUCGCUCGCAUCCCUGAAUCGGGCACUGAAAAAGUACGCCUAAAUCUCACCUUCGUCAAGCGCGUCUUCACCUCCUGGUACUGGUACGCCUUCGUCAUGCUCUGGAUCAUCGCUGGCGAAACAGAAUCCUUCUCCUCCAACGCCCUCCUAGCACUCUACAUGAAAUCCCACCCAACCAACUCCUACACCGUUUCCCAACUAAACAACUACCCAACUGGCGUGCCCGCCGUGGGCAUAAUCUCCACCCUCUUCUGGGCAACCUUGACCGACUUCAUGGGCGGCAAGCGGUACCUAGUCGGCUACUUCAUCGCGAUAACAGGCAUCGUGACCUCAGCACUAAUUCUCACCCGCUUUGAAGAUACGGCCGUAGUUUUCGGUAUGUAUUAUUGGGCCGGAGCCGUGUAUGCGUGCCAGGCGACAUUUUUCGCCUGGUGCAAUGAUGCGAUGCGCUACCAGAAUGAUCGGUUCCGGUCGGUUGUUAUUGCUAGUAUGAAUAUGGGAAGUAAUGCUGUUAAUGCGUGGUGGAUUUUGCUUUUCUACUCGGCGGAUUUUGCGCCCAGAUUUACUAAGGGAAUGUGGGCAAUGAUUGGAUGUUCUGUUGCUUUGGCCAUUUGGACGACGGGCAUUGUGUUGUUGACUGUGCGCGAUGAGAGGAAUGGGGAGGUGCAGGAGACGAGGAUUGUGGAUAUUGAUUCGAAGAGGGUAGAGACUGUCACGGAGGUGUGA